AUGCACGGCUUGAAAUUUACCGCUAUUGCUGCUUUUGCUGCUUCCGUUUCCCUGGUGAUGGCCACCCCUCCAGCUUGCUUGUUGGCUUGUGUCGGUGAGGUUGAAAAGCAGUCCAAGUGUGACAGCUUGGCUGACUUGGAAUGUAUCUGUACUUCCAUUGGUGAGGAGGUUGAGCAGUGUUUGGAGGAGAGAUGUCCUAACGGUGACGCUGACACCGCUAAGGAUGCUUUCGAGGCUUCUUGCAAGGCUCAGGGCCACGAUGUUUCCGGUAAGGACUCCAGCUCUUCUUCCGUUUUCGAGUCUUCCUCGUCUGCUUCUUCCUCGGCUGCUUCUUCUUCCGCUGCUGCUUCCUCCUCCUCCGCCGCUUCUUCUUCCGUUGCUGCUCCAUCGUUUGUCAGCUCCGAGGAACCAACCUCCGCUGAGGAGCCAACCACUGCCGAGACUACUUCUGCUGCUCCAUCUACACUUGCUACUUCUUCCACUGAGGCUGAGGAGGCCACCUCUUCUGCUCCAGCUGCCGUCAGCUCUUUCGAGGCUGGCGCCAAGAUGAACGCUGCCUCUUUUGGUGUCGCCAUUGCUGGUGUUGUUGGUGCUUUGUUGUAA